UCCGCUUGCCCCUGAGAUGAGAGAGAGGUGAUCCACCAUGGCGAUCACUGGCGGGAUCAAAACCCUAGAUUGCAGUACUCUGUCUCCCGUCCGAUCUUCGCUUAUUCGUCGAAAUCCCCGAAUUGCGACAGAGAAAUCGGGUGGGAUCUUCUGCUGCUCUUCCAGACUCGUACAUAUUGAUCCAAGAGUAAGAUGGUUGUCUGGAGAUCGGCUUUGCCACUCAUCAUUGCCGUUGCUUUGAUGACUUUCGAACAUUGGGUUACGAUUCCUUCGUGCGAGGUAGUUUCCCGCGACAAUGUUGAGGAUGAUUCCACCAAAGACUCUGGGGAGUUGAAGGUGAUGAUGGUGGCUAAUCUGCUCCUACUGGGAUCUGAAGCAGGUUACACGAAUAUCUAUUUCAGAGACUCUUUUACGGCCAAGUUCUUUAGGAAAUCCUUUCACAGCCUGAAGCCUGAUAUGUUAAUUGUCUUGGGAGAUGUUUCUGCAAGAGGAUCAGAUUUAACACAUGAUAAAUGGUUGUCUGUGAUUCAGCAGCUUCAAAGGAUGUUGGGUCCCUUUCUUGGUCUUCCCCUCCACAUUGUUCUUGGUGACAGGGAUAUUGGAGAAUGCAGUAAAAUCAAUGCCAAAUUUGUUAAUCGGAUUGCUAGCAAUUUUCCUGGAUUGGACUCAGCUGGUUGUGGUUCCUUUGAAGUUAGCAAUAUUAGCUUUGUCUCACUCAAUGCAGUUGCAUUGCUCUGUGGUGACAAUGAUCUUCGUUUUGGUGUUGAAAAGAUAAUAGAGAAAGAAAGUGUGGACCUGCAAACACAUACCAAUGCUGCAACAGAAAUUGCAAAUGAGACUACCAAUUCUGAGACAAAUUUCAGUAAUUUUGUAUGGAGAGAGAAUACCAUGUUAUCUGGUUCAGGUCCCGUCCUCCUACUCCACUUUCCCUUGCACUCCACAUUAAAUAGCAACUGUGCGGCAGUCAAUGCUCUUAAUCAGUCCCCCUCUCCCUGUCACCAUAAGAGUUUGAAGACAUUUGGUAAUCGGAGACUUGCUGGGGCGGGACCAUAUGAUUUGUUACAUACUGUCCCCCCAAAUGAAACUGAAUAUAUAUUUCAAGCUCUUAAACCAAGGAUAAUAUUUAGUGCACAUACCCAUGAGUUUUAUGACCGCACUCACAGAGAUGGAACCCGUGAAGUGACUGUUCCUGCCAUGACCUGGGAUGGAAGGGAUGAUCCUGGUUUCGUUGUUGCUACUUUUGGACAGAAGAGAGCAGUGACAGUCAUCCGGUGCUUUCUUGCUAGGGAAUCCCAUAUAGUAAUGGCCUAUGUUUCAGUUCUGGUUCUGUUAUUAUCCGUGGCAAUAUUGCCAAGCGGUUCUACAAGGUAACUGGAAAUCUUUCCAACACCAUAUGUAUUUUAUCAAUUGAUUUAUUUAUUAUCUAACAUGUUAAUUUUUUGUA